AUGAGAAGGCGCUCUGACCAAAUGGAGAAAGGGGCAGCAAAGAAUCAGAAUUCCCGCCUUUGCUGUUUGGCAUCCCUUUCUGCUUUCUUCUGGUUCUUGCUCCUUUACUUCCAUUUUGUGAUACUUAAUGGCAAUACCAAUAGCAAGAGUAGUUACAAUAGUCGUGUUGAUCAUCACUCAACCCUAUCCACAACUCCUGUUUCUGUUGAUUAUGAACCUGUCCCGAUCCAUGUAAUGGAUUCCCCUCAAGUGCAAGCCCCUCCUAGGAAGAUUCGCUUCCCUGACCCUGAGGUGCGACAGAGUGACACUUACACUGACACCCCUCGCACUGAGAAGAGUUUUCCUUUCAUGAGAGCAAUGAGGGCUGCUGAAAAUAAGAGUGAUCCCUGUGGGGGUAGGUACAUUUAUGUCCAUGACCUUCCCUCCAGGUUCAAUGAGGAUAUGAUGAAGGAGUGCAAGAGUUUGAGUCUUUGGACUAAUAUGUGUAAGUUCACCACCAAUUCUGGCCUUGGUCCGCCCCUUGAGAAUGUUGAAGGGGUGUUCUCUAAUACUGGCUGGUAUGCUACCAAUCAGUUUGCGGUUGAUGUUAUAUUCAGUAAUCGGAUGAAGCAGUAUGAAUGCUUGACAAAGGAUUCUUCUAUUGCCGCUGCGGUUUUUGUACCUUUCUAUGCUGGAUUUGAUAUUGCGCGCUAUCUUUGGGGUUAUAAUAUUUCAGUGAGGGAUGCAGCUUCGCUUGAUCUGGUUGAUUGGCUCAUGAAGAGGCCAGAGUGGAACAUAAUGAAUGGCAGAGACCAUUUUCUUGUUGCAGGAAGGAUAACGUGGGAUUUCAGGAGACUGUCUGAGGAAGAAUCGGACUGGGGCAAUAAGCUUUUGUUUUUACCGGCAGCAAAGAAUAUGUCCAUGCUUGUGGUUGAGUCCAGCCCUUGGAAUGCGAAUGAUUUUGGGAUUCCGUAUCCUACAUACUUCCAUCCUGCCAAGGAUGCUGAGGUUUUCAUUUGGCAGGAUAGAAUGAGGCAACUAGAGAGGAAGUGGCUUUUCUCCUUUGCUGGUGCUCCCCGUCCUGGCAACCCCAAAUCAAUCAGGGGUCAGUUAAUUGAUCAAUGCAGAAGUUCAAAGGUUUGUAAGCUGUUGGAAUGUGAUUUUGGAGAAAGCAAAUGUCAUUCUCCAAGCAGCAUAAUGCAGAUGUUUCAAAGCUCUCUUUUCUGCUUGCAACCCCAGGGCGAUUCAUACACGCGAAGAUCUGCUUUUGACUCAAUGUUGGCUGGUUGUAUACCUGUCUUCUUCCAUCCUGGCUCAGCAUAUACACAGUACACUUGGCAUCUUCCCAAGAAUUACACCAAAUAUUCUGUCUUCAUUCCAGAGAAUGAUAUCCGUAGGAGGAAUAUCAGUAUAGAGGAAAGGCUUAGUGAGAUACCUCCUGAACAAGUCAAGAUCAUGAGAGAAGAGGUCAUUAGUCUCAUUCCAAGACUAGUCUAUGCUGAUCCUCGCUCCAAAUUAGAAACUCUCAAAGAUGCAUUUGACGUUGCUGUACAAUCAAUAAUUGAAAAGGUUACAAAUUUGAGGAAGGAUAUCAUUGAAGGUCGCAUAGAUGACGACUUCAUUGAGGAGAAUAGUUGGAAAUAUGCUUUGUUGCCUGAGGGAGAGCAUAAGGUAGGACCUCAUGAAUGGGAUCCUUUCUUCUCCAAACCAAAGGAUGGUAGUGGAGAUUCAAAUGAUUCCUCUGCUGAAGCUGCAAAAAAUUCUUGGAAGAAUGAGCAAGUAAAUCAAUCAUAA